UCGUAUUUCUGAGCAUAUAUACUUCGCAAACUUCUCGUCCUCUCCUCCCAAAUCGUUUUUCACUGUACAAGCGCCCAAAGUCACCCACUAGUACCCGCUACCUCCGAUCUCCCGCCGCCGCAUCCCGUUCCCGAUCUUCCACCCGUUUCAGUCUCGAGCCACCGUGCCAACAGCGCUGUUUCGCCGCGCAUUUCAGCAGGCCACCACCGCGCCACCCAACCACACCCACUGUGCCCCCCAUUUCUGGAGAAUUGUUCCCUCACUCUAUCCCGCAACGGUGGGAUUGUGAAAGCGAAGGCAAGGUGCGCAUGCGUGGUGCCCGCAGCCACAGUGCGAAGCGGAAGUGCGAGUGACUGAGUGCGUGUUUCUUCUGCAACCGUGCGAGUGCGUGGUGGCCGUGGCGACGGUGAAGUGUGUGGCUGCAACAAGCCAACAACGGUGAAGGGAGUCUCCGCAACGGUACACUUGGAGCAAAUCUUGAGAGAAGAGAUUGUGUAGUGGAUAAAGGAGAAAUAUGGAGGAAGGGAAAACUAUUAUAUGUGACUAUACUGAAGAUGUUUUCUUCAGUAAUUUAAGGAACUCUUGACUCUUGAGCCAGCUUCACACCACAGCACGGAGGGUGAUAGGGUUUUGUGGAAUAUUCUAGGAAAAACUUUCCUAGAAAAUGGACGAUGGCAUGCAAUUGCAAAUCUCCCUUGACAAGCUACCAAUCAAGCGCUUGGAUUCCAUUGAAGAAAAUGGAAUUGAACGAUUCCCACCAGAUGUGGAUUACGAUGAGAAGCGGCUCUCCCUAAUUAGGCGAAUUGACUUCGCUUGGGCUGUUGAGAAGGAUGAGGAGAAGAAGAAGAAGCAGAAGAGCUCAAAGGAGACCUCAACGCCAUGGCAAUGGCAGGGCAUGGUAGAAAAUUUGCAGUUGGCUCAUCAGGAGCUCUCUGUCAUCAUAGAUCUCAUUAACACUGUUGAAGCAAAUGAUGCAGUAACAGUGGCUAGCAUGACAAGACCAAAACUAUUACCAAAUGAAGCUUUGUCUGACCUGGCUGUAUCUGCAGCCACCAAGCUGCAAUGUUACCGCCAUGUUGGGAAAUAUUUCAAGCAAUCUGCCAAGGCUUUUGAACAACAGGUUGCUCGGGAAGCUAGGUUUUAUGGUGCCCUUAUCAGGUUGCAGCAAAAUUGGAAGGUUAAACGGCAACGUCAGGCAGCUAUUGUUCCAGGGAAUGAAGGCUUCACCUUUGAUCUCUUUGAUAACUCAUAUGACCAAGCAGCUAUUAUUCGCUCAUUGUCUAUGUCCACUGUUCGAGUUAAUCAUGAUGCAGCUGGAAAUCUGGCAAUAAAUGUGUCUCCGGAUUUAUGCCAUUCUCUCCAAUUUGGUUUCGUUGGUGCACAAUCAGAUGAUACAAGGAGGAAAUCCAAUCAAAACAAAUCCCACUUUUCAGGUGAGCUUAAUUUGGGAAAAACAGGUGAAGAGUCCUUAAGUGAUGAAGAGUGUGUUAAGAAAACACAUUCACUCCUUCGUGAAGUACAUGAAGCAAUUUUCAAUGAACAGGUGUUUGAUCUGGUGAAUCGAGAAGCAUUUAACACAGUUGCAGGUGUCAGUGUGACUGGAAUACGGGAAAAUUAUUUACAAUUAAGCUUAGGUCAAGAAACCUCUGUGUACUUAACACUAGUGUCCAAUAGUCAAGAUCAUUCUACAGUUGAAGGUGAACUCACCGAUAACGCAGAAAAUGCAAUUUUACCUCUGGAAUCAUCUGAUGGAAUGAAGCGUGAAGCCAAACAGAACACCUCUAACAAAGGGCAGUUUUCUAAUUCCAUCUGCUAUGAGAUUUAUAUUCAACAGAUUUUUCAUGAAUAUAUAUUUGGAAAAGGUGGUGAUAAACCAAGUUCCUCUGGAAAUCGUUUGUCUGGCAUACAGGCAAAGGAUGGAUCCAGUCUUCUUGGUCAUUUUUUUAAAUCUUUAGCUCACAGGAUAUUUUCAACUAAAGUUCUUGCAGAGCUGGAAAACGUGGUAUGCAAGGUCCCGUAUAUACAGCUAAUUUCUAAUCCCACAUGGCAUUCUCGGGCUUCGUCAUGGACACUCUACAUGGAGGUUCCUCAAUCUAUUCUUCGUGGUAGCCAAACCAAAACAUCAGAUUAUUAUGAGAAAAAUGCUGUCAAGCGUCAGUUUUGGACUAAGGUGGUGGUAAAUGAUGAUUGCAUCAACGUUAAAGCUGAAGGUUCUCCAAAUGUCGCUGGCCUGUUCAAGGGAAAGAUUGAGGAAACCCAUUCAAUAAACAAAUAUAACUGCAACUUAGCUGAUCUUCCUGUGAUUAUUCUGCAGCAGGUUGCGAGCCAAAUUAUUAAUUGGCUCUAUCAGGAAGCUAUGAUGGUUGGGAUAAAAGCAAAUCGAGACUUCUUAUGCCUAUCUUUGGAGCUGGAGCAGGGUGAAACACUUGGCCUGGUUGCAAGUGUUGAUCCAGAAGAUAGUGAAGGGUGUAUAUCUUGGUGGUUGGUCAUGGAGGACAGUUUUGCAGAGGAGCAAAAGCUUCAUAUGAGCAUCACGGAUGGUGCAUCCGAAUAUAGGAAAUUCCUAGGUCACUUGUCUCUUGAUUUGUUAUACGCAACACUGAUCGACUUGGUUAGCUUGUGCAGUGGUGGAGGCAGCCAAUGAAGUUGUUUGAAUGUUUUUCUUGCACUUUGUAAAGUGAAGAUCUAGGAGGUCUCUUGUGCAACGAUUGUAUUGUAUAUCUGUGCCAUUUUAUAUAAUUUAUGUACACUACCUCUCAACUGUUUUCUGUCUAUUUAGGAGAGAAAUAAGGGGAUGUUUUUUUAUUAAA